AUCGACGACUGCGCCACGGUGCCCAGGCUGUGCGAGCAGGUCUGCAUCAACACCUUGGGCGGCUUCCUGUGCAGCUGCUACCCCGGCUACGAGAUGGUGAAAGAGCGCUGCCAGCCCAAAUCCCGCUGCCGAGAGGCACCCUGCGAGCACCAGUGCGACGACGUGCCUGAGGGGGACGGGUACCGCUGCAGCUGCUCCGCGGGGUACGCGGUGGACCCGGGGGACCCCACCCGGUGCUUCCGGCACUGCAACGUCAGCCAGUGCCCAGCCGAGUGCGACAACCACGGCGAGUCCUGUGAGUGCCCCGACGGCUUCGUGCUGGACGAGGACGACGAGGGCCAGAAUAUCUGCGUGGACUUUGAUGAGUGUAGCAUGAACUACUGCUCACACAACUGCACCAACCUCCCGGGUGGCUACCAGUGCCACUGCCAGGACGGCUACCGGCUCUUUGACCAGACCGAAUGCGAAAAAAUCCUGCCUGGGGACGAGGAGGAAGCGUACUCGGGGGAUUUUGGGCCCCAGACCCCCAUCCCCAGCCGGACUCCACCCAAGGUAGGGCAUCUCCAUCCCGGCGUGCUGGUGGGCAUUGCUGUGGGUGCCCUCUCCGCCACUCUGGCCCUGUUGGCCCUGGGCUACCACCUGGUCAAGAAGCGCUGCAGACCUGCUGCCUCCAUGGAUUACAAGUGCAGUGGCCCCCACGAGAAGGAGAUGGGACUUCAGCCAGUUGCCUCCAGCUGUGCCACCUCUGUCCAGAAACUGUAG